AGUGAUUGAAGAGAAAAAUACUAGGGAGAAAAUUUGACUUACAGAUAAUGUUGGCGGACAUGAUGUUAUCAUAUGUCCAAUCCAAACGCAUAUAAUGGGGGAACGGAGGUGUUCUGUGGCCAAGAUGGCAAUACUCAUCGACAAUUACGAGCAACAGUAUGCAGUUUUAACAGCAGAUAUCACAGCAAAAAUCAGCCGCAUAUCGAUUCUCAGUGGUAGUGAAAAAAGAGCAUUGGUUCAAGAUGUCGAUCGACAAGUUGAAGAAGCCCAAGAAUUGUUGGAGCAAAUGGAAUUGGAGGUACGGGGAAUGACUGGUGCAGCUAGGGAUCGACUUUGUGGUCGAGUAGAAAGCCACAGAGCAGAAUUAAAACGGUUAACACAAGAAUUUCAGUCCGCAAGGAACCCCAAGGAUGAUACCAUUGAUAUGGGAGGUGAAGAAAACUGGGACAGUGGUAUCAUGGAAGACCAAAGAAAAAGGUUAUUGGAUACAUCAGAACGAAUAGAUCGUACUGGAAGAACUUUACAAAAUGGGUAUCGAAUGGUUCUUGAAACGGAAGAGAUUGGCUCCCAGGUACUUAAAGACCUUCAUGAGCAGAGAGAAACGAUCCAAAGAAGCAGAGGAAGGUUACGUGAAACGGAUGCUGAGUUGGGUCGUGGAUCCCGAUUGCUAACAGGAAUGAUCGUCCGUGCUCUACAGCAAAGACUUAUCUUAGCUCUUGUAGCUUUGGUCCUCAUUAUCGUGGCUUGUUUUGUUGUAUAUUACAGUUUUAGAUCCAAGGGUUAAUAUUCUAAUGCAAAUAAUUAAAUUCCUAAUUUUUGCAAGUUAAAACAAUAUUUUGGAACAAAUUCGAUUUUAUAAAAUUUCUUUAUUAAUGGCCGCGGAAUAUGUUUAUUUUAACCUUUAGUGCAAAUUGUAGAUUGUUGUCGCUGCGCCUUCUUCUUAGUCAUACCUAUAUGUAAGAAAUAUUUAUUUCAUCCAUUUUCAUAUACUCAAUUGGUGAUGCAUAUUCUGUAUUUCAUAUUUAUACAGAAUUGAAGUUAUGCAGUAUUACGUAAAUACAUUUCAGAGCUAAUACAAAGAAAGAAAUAUCUUUCGUUGUGCAUUCAGAAUCCAAUCAUAAUCAUGAAUUUGUUAUUUUAUUAUUAUUUAUCCUUACUCGUAUGUUUGUUGUUAUUUAAUAUAGUAAAUGUUAUGUAUCAAGCAGUCAGGUAUGAAGUAAAGCUAUAAGAAGAUCCGCGAAAUCGUAGGCUUUUGAAAAUCAUUCCGCAUAAAUAUUUUACCCGUAAGGAACUAAAAUUAACUAAGGGCGAUUAGUCGUCAAGUUUGAUUAUAUGAGAUUAUCCAAAAUGAACAAAUUGUAUGGUAUUGAUGAAAGCUAUUGAAAUGUAUAUUGAUUCGAAGACUGUUGCCUUUGAUGCUUAUAAGCUUCACAUGUUUUUAAAAUAUCGACAUUCGAAUUGCACUAUCAAAAAUAUUAUAAGCAGGUAUUAAGUUUUAAGAUGCAUUUUGACAACAUUUUUAAUACUUAUUAACUGGUUUAUUGGAAAGUUGUUAGUUAAAUCAUCCUGCAUAAAAACUUUUAGUAACCUUCAAUAUAAACUGUGGAAAGUAUCUUUAGGGAUAUCUUUAUUCCAGUACAGUUUAAUAUUUAAACUCAGCUUAACUUCCAGAUUAGCCAAUCAGAUAUUUGCAUUUUGAAAAUAAACUGACUUUACGUACUGAGCUGUAUUACAAUUAGAGGAAUCGACUCGAAGAGAUAUGAAUUUCAAAAUUUCGAAUUAAUAUUGGAAAACUGAUAUUUGGUCUCAAGUGAUUUAUCAAAAGUAAAAAGGAUGAAGAGGUAAUUGUAAAAAUGCAAAUUUCUUAUAUCUUGUGUAUUUGUAUCACGAAAUUUAAAACAAAAAAUCAGUAGCAGUAGGUGAAUAAGUUUUAAUCUUUUGUUAAAUACUUUAUUGUUACCGAGCGAUGCAAUCAAUUUGGAAAAACACAAUCUGCUUAAAAUUUUCAACAAAUUUUUCAAUGGUUCAAUAAAAUAUAUUUUAAGUUUCCGUUAUUUACGAUUUACUUGUUACGCAUUUUCAAACUAUUAUACACUAUCGGCCGAAUUUUCUGCAUAUUGCUGAUAUUUAAAGAAACAAUGAAACUAAAAAUAGUCAUGAUAGAAAAUAAGUAAACUGUAUAUAAUAUAAGGAACUGUGAAAGGUGUUAUGUUCUGUUGAAAUAAAAGACGCGAGUCUAACAAUAACAUA